UACUGAAUACAAGAAUUUGGCUCGUUUCUCGUCUAACAUGUGUACCACUUACGCGUGGUAAAAAUCAUAUUCUUAUUUUAAAUACUGCUUUUGUAUAUAUUGAGUAAAAGACAUAACGAAAUAGCAAUAGAGAAAUCAAAAUGCCAAAAGUGCGCGCACAGAAACAAACCCGCAUUCAUAAAGAAGUUGUGAAGCAGGGUAUUUUGUUUAACACUAAUAUUGGACAGCACAUUUUGAAGAAUCCACUUAUAAUUCAAAAUAUGGUUGAGAAAGCCGCUGUCAGAUCAACAGACGUUGUAUUAGAAAUAGGUCCUGGUACUGGUAACAUGACAAUAAAAUUAUUAGACAAAGCCAAAAAAGUAAUAGCAUGCGAGGUAGAUACAAGAAUGGUGGCUGAAUUACAGAAACGUAUGCAAGGUACACUGUACCAGUCGAAAUUGCAAAUUAUAAUAGGGGAUGUUUUGAAGACCGAAUUACCAUUCUUUAAUUUGUGUGUCGCCAAUAUACCUUAUCAGAUAUCAUCACCCUUAAUAUUUAAAUUACUUUUACACAGGCCAUUGUUCAGAUGUGCUGUGCUUAUGUUUCAAAGAGAAUUUGCAGAGCGUUUAGUAGCAAAACCAGGUGAUAAAUUAUACUGUCGUUUAAGUAUAAAUACUCAAUUGUUGGCAAGAGUAGAUUUACUCAUGAAAGUAGGAAAAAAUAACUUUAGACCUCCUCCAAAAGUGGAAUCAAACGUAGUUAGGAUAGAACCACAUAACCCACCACCUCCUAUUAAUUAUCAAGAGUGGGAUGGUUUGACACGAAUUGCGUUUGUUAGGAAAAAUAAAACACUUUCCGCAGCAUUUAAGCAGACCACAAUAUUAACAAUGUUGGAGAAAAACUAUAAACUUCAUUGUAGUCUGAACGAUAAGGCAAUAUUAGAAGGAUUUGAUAUUAAAGAGAUGGUAAACGGUAUCUUACAAGAAGCAGACGCUGCAAAUAAACGUGCUAGAACUAUGGAUAUAGAUGACUUUAUCAGCCUUUUACACGCAUUCAACGCAAAGGGAGUGCAUUUUACUUAACUAAAAGUUUGAAUCAUCCAGAAAAAAUAUACCUUAUGUAUUAAAAAGAGUGUAUCAUUUUUACGGAAAGAAUAAAUAAAAUUGUCUAAACAACAUAGAAACGAUAUUAUCAUUUGAAUUUCGA